UAUUUUUUACAGUUCAGACGACGAUGGUUUUUGGCUUCAUGAGCUGGAAGCGUACGUGUGUUGUUGAGCGGAAGCUCUUAUAAUUUGGAAAAGUGUUGCUUUUGUUUGAGCGUUGAUAUUUUUUCGAACUCGAGCAAAAUGGACGCGUCGAGUGGCGAAGAUGUCGAGCAUUUGUUUGAGAAGUCGCGCGUUUUCCGAAUCGUGGGGGACAAGAAGUUUGUUGUGCGAAAACCAGGGGAACUCGUUCCUUCAUGGGAGGUGAAGGAUCUGCUAAACAUGAAACGAAAGCUGAACGCGGUCAAGUCAAGUCUGGACCGGAUGCCCGCGGAUGCCUGGGGGGCUCUGACGCGUUCAUCAAACGUUGCUGCGUUGGUUGUGUCUGCGACAAGAACAUUCGCUGCGCCGGAACUUUGCACGCAGGCGUGGUGCAAAUUCUACGAGUUGCUGUCAAAAUUCCCCAAGUUGGUGGAGCCCGAAAAACGGAACGGAGACAAACUGAGGCAAUUGCGCACCUUGCAUUUGUGCGAGGCUCCGGGGGCUUUCAUUGCGGCUUUGAACCACCAUCUCACGCUUCGGUACCACGUGACUUCGGACGCGUCUGAGGAAACAGGCUGGGUUGACGUCGACGAUAUUCCUGAUAAUUUGGCAGGAAAUAAUGAAGAUGCCUUUUCUUAUUCAGUCAGCGAUGAAGAAGAUCCGAAUCAUCCAACAUUUUCAUGUUUGGGAGAAUUUCGGGAUGAAAGUGCCGAGAGUGAGGAUAGAAAGCGGUUUCCUGAUCUAGAAGAUGUUCAGAUUUUCUGUGACGACCUAGAAUGGAAGUGGCUUGCGAACACGUUGAAUCCCUACCACGAAGAGUUGUCGAGUAAUUCAACCAUUCACGCCGACGAGCUGAUUUGCCGAACUUUGCCGCAUUGGCUUUUUGGCCCCGGGGGAUCUGGAAACCUGAUGGAUAGUCGCGUCAGUUGCGAUAUUCGUUCGAGAUGUCGUGCGGUUGCGGAUUUGGUGACGGGCGAUGGCGGGAUAGAUUGCGCAGCGAAUCCAGGAGAACAAGAGCUUCUUGUGAGUGAUCUGGUGCAUUGCGAAGUCAUGACUGCUCUUGUGACGUUGAAGCCGGGAGGAAACUUCGUCCUCAAGAUUUUCACAGUGUUCGAAGCGCAGACUGUGGCUUUGCUGUACUUUCUAGCUCUGGCCUUUGACAAAGUGAUCGUUCACAAGCCGGUGUCAAGCAAACCCGGAAAUUCUGAGUUGUACGUGCUUUGCUUUGGAUUCGGUGGCCUGGAGAACCAAUCCGGAGUGGAACGCAUGAUUCAGUAUUGGGAUUGGAUGCGUGCGAACGAGUUACAAUGUGGUUACUCGAUGCCGCCCUUGUUUAAGCGAGAGGAAAUACCCGAGGCUUUCAUUGACGAAGUGAUCCAGAUGAUGGAUUACUUUUGCACACUGCAGUCUGAUACAAUCGAGGACAAUUUGCUGGAUGGCAUGUUUGAGUCAUCCGCUCGACGUUUUUCUACCAAUGUGAGAGAUGCAGUUGCUUCGCGUUACCUGGACAUCUGCUCUCUUGCCCCGAUUCCGAGGGAAAAAUACCUGGUUGGGCCCAGAGUCCUGGCGGAACACAAUGGACCAAGGACAGGAUUUGGGGGAAGGGACCCGGUUUCACGGGGUAGAAGUUAUGCGGAGCGCUCGAAGCAACGUGAUCUUGUCCACAUGUUGAAAAGAACAAAGCCCGAGACUAAAGAUUUGAAAUUCUUGGAAACCUUGGAGGAAGCUAGUGUUGAACUUUUGAGAGAUCUGAUGCUGGAGCAACGAGCCCCGGGAACAAUCAAAAAUAAUGAUCCUGAUCUCUCUGAAGAACUUUCCUUGAAAUGUGAUUGGACCUACGCGAGACUGCGCAGAAAGGUGAAAGUCGAGAUGGGAACACCGGUGAACAAAAUCCUGUCUUCGCCGUACUUUCCGUCGUCUUACCUGGAUCAUUUUUACGAGCUUUAUGACCUUCUGGAUCUCGUGAGUGAUAUGUCGGAACUUCCCGACACGGUGGUCAACUUGAACGGGUGGCCGUCGGACAUUCAGGAAGCUUUCAGCGUGCCGCCUGUCAAAAAUGAAAACCGGGUUGCUGAUUUAUCUGCAAUCUUUCGUAGUGGAGGUCACCCAUCCGUGGAUGAUUUCCAGAUGGUGGGCAGAGAAUUGAGAGUUGCUGAAGAAUCUGUUGUUUUCGUGAACGUUAUGAACUUGGGUUCGAGUCCAGGAUAUCAAAUCUACCAGCAUCCGAAUGCCGACGCCGCAACCCAGUCAUCUCGAACUCCUUGUGUGAUUCGACCACCCAUGCCGUUGUCUUUCCAAGUUGACCGUUUUAAGAAAUCAGUUCAAGAUGCUACUUCUUUCAAUUUGAGUGAUCCACAUGUUUUCUUGCGGGCUUUCCGCUCCUGGCUCCAAAACCACCCGAUGAUUCAUCCCCCUUCCGAUGUCCUUUUGCGAUCACUCUUGGGUGAAUUUGAAAUCCAGCGGCUGACCGAGGGACGCGAACAGGAGCCUGGAUGCUCUGAAAAUAAUCGAAUCGAAACUUUGCUAGACAGCGUUUUCGGAUUCGUCAUGCAUGUGACGAUGAAACCGCAUCUUUUCAGCUCGUUUCCGAGCGUGGAUGAUUUCGACAUCGGUGAAUUCCCUGAAGUGUGUCCGUCGUUGAAAAGAAAGAUUGUGGCUGCCAUUCUUCUGCUUUUCGACGUCGUUUUCGGUUGCAUUCCCGACGAACCCGUGCUUUUCCUCUCCGACAAGCAAAUCCUGCUGGAUUUGGUGCCGGAAAUGUCGAUGGUUGAAGAAGGGGACGCGUGCGGAUUCCAGAGGCUGUUGACAGACAAGAUAAUCGAUUGCUUGGGAGGGGCGUGUCUGAAGAAGCAGACGGUGCUCGUGUUUCGCGGCAUGCACAUGCUGACGAGGUUCAGCGUGUCGGUUUUCCUGUUAUUGUCAACUCUCUUCCACGAGUGUUCUGUUAGGGCGAGUGAUGAGUGCCCUGAACUGGUUCUAAGAGGAUUCGUCGGACAAAUGGAGGAUGUAACGGAUUUCCUCGAGCUUGUUUCGACGGCAUCCAAAUCAUACUCCAGCUGUGGGUCGACGGAAGACGACGUCGCGUUGAGUUUGUUCGACUGCGGACCGACGUCGCCGAUUUUGCGAUCAAGGAAGCUCAACGAUUUCGCGUCUCUCGUCAACGCUUGGUAUCUUCAGUAUCGUAUCGGCGCCUUGCUGACCAACUAUUCAUUUCGCGGCCCAAGAUCACACGACUUCAAAGAAACAAAGGGAAAGAGGGUUUUGAGUGUGACUGAAAUGCCCGAAAAUGUGAGUGAUUCGAAAAAAAUUGCGAGGGUUCAAAUCUGUGCGACGCUGUUGAAGUUGAUUGUUGGUGCCAUGAGACGACGUCAAGUUUUGCUUCUUGCGGAAUCAACGCGCCUGAUCAGGAGUCGAUCGCAGCAUGGGUUGAACCCCGGUGACCUCAAGAUGUCGAUAUCCCGCAAAGCGUAUUGCAAUAGGAUCAAAUUGGAAAGACAGCUUUUGUUGAUUUUGGAAGCGAUCUCUGAAGAAAAGUCAAUGUUGUGGGCUUUGGCUUUCUUGGUGGUGAAAUUUGCUGUUGCUGAAGAGGAAUGUAUGCAGCGGAAAUCCUCGCGAGAGCGGUACUCACUUUCAGCAGUACUCACGUUCUGUCAGAAUUGCGUUUUAAAUGUGGCGGAAUUGUGUUUGAUCGGGAUGAAUGUCUUUCUUUUCGACUUGCAUGUCUCAGUGAAGAAGAUUCAGUGCUACGUUUGCGAUUCGAUGUAUGAUCCUCGAUGCUUGGAUCCCUUCAACUUCACGACAGCGCCGCCGAUUGAAGAUUGUCAUGGCUGUUGCGUCAAGCUCGUCACGAAUAUUGGCUCAGAUGUGUAUGUGAUCCGGAGACUGUGCACCAAGCGUCUUUCAAUCAACCUCUUCAUGGUCGAUCACGUCUGCAUGCGGGAAGGCGACAGAACGGGGCGCAUGUGUUUCUGUGAAGACGACUUGUGCAACAAGGCCGUAGGCAACUUCUCUUUGAUGCACUGGUGCACAUGUGCUUUGUUUGCUGCGAUAGUGUUCCUCUUUUCCGGGUUUGGUAUCCCAUGUUACAGUUUGACUGCGGGUUAGGGACAACAACAGAUAAAAAAGAAGCGCGGGUUGCGCUUCUCUUUUUAGCAUCGUUCAAAACUAAUGCCAAAUUCGAUCAGGUGUCAGAGCAAAGAACUGAAUCGUGUUCAACUAGCUUGUUGUGAUGCUCUUUGGUUUUCUAUGUUUGUAACUCAAUAAGGUGAACACCUGGGAAACUGAGUUAUAGAUUUUUUGAACCCCCCCAAAAAAAAGAGGGGAGGGGGAAAAACUCGUUCUAGUCCCUGCAAACCAAAAAGCUGCCUCUUUCUUCUCUGUUACACUGCUGAACAGGAAGACAUUGGGUGUUGUGUAAAUCCAUGUAGGCAUGGGGCCCUGAGAUGCGGAAAUAAUUGGUGCUUGGAAUUUGUCCCUAUGUUGGAUCAUUUGUAUGUCAGAUCAUUUUUUCCUUUAGACUUGAACUGAAAUAUGUUUAUUCAUAUUCCUGGUAAUCAAAAAUUAGGAAAAGAUCCUUCAAGAAAUUGAAAUUUUGUUUCCAAUUUCAAGAUGCAAAAAAGAUGUGCAGAAAAAAUAUCCUGCACAGAAUCUGACCUUUGGCAUCAAAAGAAGCGUAAAUAGUGAAGAAAAAGCGCAACAAUUUUCUGGUGAUGUGCAUAAAUGAUGCACCAACUCCAAAAAAUGAAGCCAAAAUUAGCCUGAAUGAAUUACAGUAAUAGUGAAUUUACUGUAUGAUAUAUUUAAUUUUGUGAAUAUGAUAAGCUCAAAUUUUUUCAAAAGAUAUUGACAUUUUGAGGAAUUAAAUUUUUCCAUCGGUCUAGAAAUUAAGUGUCCCUAUUUUAAACAUUGUCUGGAUGUUGAGGCAGAUCAUGUGAGUUUCCUGUGUCUCAAGGUCGAAUUUUCUGGAUGUUGGGGCCCUAUCAUGCAGUAGGCCUUGAAUGAGUCCAAAAUAUGCAUCCCUUUUUGGUGCAAUAAACUUUUGCAAAUGGCAAAUUCCUUGUGGAGGAUUUGCUUUUUUGUGGAAGAACUAAUUUUUGCAUCUGGUACCUCUGAAGCAAUUUCAUCAGUGGUUGUGUUGCAACAUCAACAGUGUAUUGUGCCGUGUUCAUUGUUCAUAUGAGUAUUGGUUGAUUUAAUAAAAAUGAUCAUUGUAUUCUGUCCGCAAUUUUAA